UGCAGCUUUGAUACUACAUUCCGUGGAUGAAGAUUGCUAAAUAACCUUGUGACGAUACAGCUCAAAUAUGGAGACAACAAAUGGAGAAAAUGGUUCAUCGAAGACGGAGAAGAAAGAAAAUCGCAUUUCCUAUUCUGUGGAGACCCCUUAUGGCUUUCACCUGGACCUUGACUUUCUGAAAUAUGUACAUGAUAUUGAAAGGGGUAAUACAAUCAAAAGGAUACACAUCCACAGAAGAGCCAAGCAGUCCAAAUUUAGCACUCUUCCUCGAAACUUUAGUGUUCCGGACACUGGUUCACAGGGUUACUCUCAAGCCUCCAGUAAUACCUGGUGCCCCAGUAGCUAUAGAGCUGGACCCAAGGACAGCGAAAUGUUUUCAGGAAGCGAGUCUGCUUUACGUCUGAGAUAUGUGCAUGAGCUGAAUUACAGAAGGAGGGAUAAUAUAUACGAUGCUCACAAAGCCUUGGGAGAGUUGGCCCCAGAAGAUUUUAGCAGCUGCAGAGAUAGACCCCAAUUUGGAAGAGCUUCUAGCCUUCCAGCCAGCUUACCACAAAGCACAACUUCGCCAGACCAAUGCCAGUACCUAAGACUGCCACAGUCCACAAGCAGCUUCAGUGAAAGCAGGCUGGAGUUCAUGAAAGGCUCCCAACAUUCUGAUGAGCAGAUUGCGGCUGCGUUCAAAAGAAUAAAAGAACUUGAAGAACAGUUGAAAACUAUUCCUGAACUAAAACAAACAAUAUUUGUACUGGAGGAAGAAAAUAAUAAAUUACAUUCUCAACUUGUUAAUGUCAGAGAGGAGCAGGAGGCUGUGAAAUUGACCAUUUCUGAAAGCAAAGCCAAAGCUGAGGACAUUGGGAAUGGACUACAUGAAGCCCAUGAUCAGUCAAGCGUCAACGAUUUAAAUAACUCUCUGUGUUCAGGUGCUAAUCAACAAAUUGCAGAAUUGACCGAACAACUGGACGACCGUAGCAGAGAGGUGCAAAAUCUCAGGGUGCUGGUGGAGAAACAGAGCAAUGAAUUGAAGGCAAAGGAUGUAUAUAUUGCAGAUCUGACGAGGAUGAUGGGAACAAUGGAAGAAGCUAGAAGACAAUCCGUAGACAGACAGCACAAAGAUGCAUCGGUGAACACGGAGGAAAUCCAAACUGUCAAGAAGGAAAGUUUAGACAAAAACACCUAUGCCAAUAUUUCAGUUAUGACUCAGUCGGUGGGAUGUGGUGUACUACCUGCAGAUCUAGAUCAACCUCCAGAUGAGAGGAAAGAUGGUAAUGAGGUGUGUGAGCAUGCUGUAGAAACAUCGGGCCCAUUGACUGAUAGGAAGAUACUGAUGGAUCAGGAGGUUGUUGGAUGUGAUAUUGAAAAAGAGAAAGUUACAAAUACUGGUGCCAUGGAAAGUGAAAUAGUGCAUGAGAUGGUGGACUCCCAAACCCAUCUGGUUCAAAUGUGUGACAACAGUGCCUGUGGAUACGAAGUUCUGGUCGAUAAUAAACAUUGCUCGGUUGAUGUUCAACCUUCCACAGAGGCUUCCAUUGGACAUUAUGUAAAACGGAUACAGGAUCUUCUGCAGGAGCAAUGGACGUGUCUGGAGAUUGGAUAUCCAGACCUGGCCAGUGCCAUAAAGCAGCCUGCUUCCAAACUCAGUUCCAUCCAGAAUCAGCUGGUCAAUUCCCUUAAUCUGUUGUCAUCUGUUUAUUCUGCUCAGGGAGCACCAGCAAAAGAGACUGAGAAGACAGAAAGCCAACUAGGAGAAACGUCCCCCAUAAAUAGCCUGAAGUCCAUUAUGAAGAAGAAGACUAAUAGUGGACGUUCGAGUUCAGGCAGCGAAGCUCGAGCUAAGAAGAAUCUCCAGUUUGUUGGGGUCAAUGGUGGCUAUGAAACGACAUCAAGUGAGGAUUCCAGCUCCUCAGAGGAAUAUGGAGGUGGCGAUGUGGAGAAGGCUGAAAUAUCAACACAAGAUGCUGAAAAUAAUCAGAUAGUCGAUCUGGUUAUUGCCGAAACAAGAGACAGAGAGGAAGAGUUACAGGCUUCCCCAGAGCCAGCAGGAUCAGAGACCCAACAGCAGAGCAGGUGUUCGGUGGGUGAUGCAUUCCGCAGUGAAUGUCAGAUCCUGUGCAGCCAUCUCUCAGAACUGAGGACCACCACAGAUAAUAAACUGAGGCAAACGCUGUACACCGUCUGCCAAGAAUGGUUCCGAGUCUCCAGCCAGAAGUCGUCAUCCCCGGAUCUGGUGUCUGUUUAUCUAGACGAGAUCAGAUCGAUCAGCCCCCAGCUGCUGCAGAUGGUGGUCAACAUCGCGGACGAAAACGGGAAUACCGCCCUGCAUUACAGCGUGUCGCAUUCCAACUUCGCCAUCGUCAGUCUCCUCCUGGACACAGGAGUGUGCGACGUUGACCAUCAGAAUAAAGCAGGGUACACUCCCGUGAUGCUCACCCCUUUGGCGUCAGCAGAAACUGAAGACGAUAUGCAGGUUGUGAAGACUCUUCUCAGUCUUGGCGAUGUCAAUCUCACUGCCAGCCAGGGCGGGCAGACGGCGCUGAUGCUCGGUAUUAGCCAUGGCAGGUCGGACAUGGUAAAAGUUCUACUGGAGUGCGGGGCAGAUGUGAACUUGCAGGAUGAAGAUGGAGAAUCCGCUCUAAUGAUCGCCUGCCAGCUGGGAAACGUGGAAAUCGUCAAGCUUAUUUUGUCCCGACUGGACUGCGAUGUGGAACUGACGGACAAGGUUGGCAAUUCUGCAUUGUCCAUUGUUGCCGAAUCCGCCCCCAGUGAGAUUGCAGAACUCCUACAAGCCCACACAGAGCACCGGCGUUCCUGCCCCGCCGCUGACACGGGAAAAGGAGGCCCAUUGUAAACAAGGAUGGAGGACAAAAGACUCAUUCUUCUUUAAGUUAACUGCAAGAGAGCAGAUACCAUCCAUCUCUGCAUUGUCUUCAUUACACUAAAUAUUCCAAAUAUGUGUAUACAUAAG